AUGGCUACUCUCCGUAUUCAGAUGAAUAACAGGCAAAUCACUAUGAUUCCUACUGGAAAUUUUAUCUCCAAGAAUUCAAUAAAAUCUGUAUUCUUCUUAAGUGACAAUGCAGUUGUUAGGUUAUCAUAUAAGCUUGGUGACGAAGAUAUUUUUUGCGAUUCUCGAACAGUUCGAGGCGGAGUUUUCGAGCCAGAGCCAUGUUUCUUGCUCCCGGAGCUCUGGCAAACUCUACUGUUUACAGUGGAUCAUAGAACGUCAUCUACAAGACAAGGAACUCCAGCCAACCAGGUUGUGGCAGAAAGACUCGUUAGUCCGUACCUUUCAUGUCCUCCUGAUCUUGCUCCAAGGGCUGAAUCGUUCAAAAAAUGGAUGUACUAUUUACUUGAUAAUUGCAUAAAAUCAGCUGUCAUCUGCGUCCACAAAAAUUUUUUCGUGACGUUCCGACAUGGAAGAUAUCCUGUUUCUGUAGUUUUCAUAAACGAAACUUUGGAUUAUAUCUUAAUGAGAAGCGAAGUUGACAUAGUAUCCAAUGGCCCUCCUAUUGUUCGAGCUCGAAAUUCCGAGCCGAUUACCAUGGCCGGAUUCGGUAACCAAGAAAGUGCAUAUUCCUUCGUUUCGGGAAUAAUUUACUCAAAUCGAAGUUUUUAUUUUAAUAAUGGCAAGAAACAUUGUGGUCCUUACAUACUCGGUACAGCACCAACUGCGCGAGGAAACUCUUGCGAUGGUGUGUGGGGUUCAUAUGGUCUCCUGGGGAUGAAUCUCGGUUGCUCAACCAUGCCAAAUCAGUUGCAUACUGUAGCAAUAUCGGAGGCCGCUACAUUUUGCCCGAGGAAUUUAAUUUGUGAGGCGUUUAGGUUUGAGGAAGAAGUAAUGAGGAUAUUAGAAGAGGAACGAAUAUUGAAAGUCUCACCUCCUCCGCGAAAAAAAGCUUUGUUGGUCAGUGAUUUUACUGGGAGCGACAUAUGGUAUGGUUCGUCCGCGGAAUAG